AUGGCCGCAUGUGAUAAUUUUAGUUCGAGUAGCGACGAAGAAAAUGAAUUUUUUGGGUUUUUGCCGGAAGAAAUUAACUUCGAAAAUUUAAAGAGAAGGGCAGAGGAAAGUGAUCUUUCUAUUGAUGAAUAUUCCAGCUCUGGGGAAAGCCAGGAAACGUCAGACGAGGAUGUUUCAGCCGAUGGAUGGACAGAGAAGCUCCGCGAUGUUUACAUCCAAGAAUUUGCAGAAGAUGUCGGUGCGACAUUCAUUUUAGAAAGUGAAGCCAAAGAACAAGACUUUUUUGGAAAAAUAUUUCCUGAUGGAAUAUUCGAAAUUUUGGCAGAACAAACAAAUCUUUAUGCCUUGCAGUUGCAGGUUGAGCGACACAAGGUAGAUGAGCGAUGGACCCCAACAACACGCGAAGAAAUGCGCUGCUUUGUUGGCCUAAGGAUUUUCAUGUCCUUGGUUGACCUGCCAGAAAUUAAAAUGUACUGGAGCCAGGACAAAUUUUACGGCGAUUUUGCAAUUGCUGAAAUCAUGACGAGGGAUAGGUUUGAAAAACUAUCCCAGUAUAUUCAUGCACACGAUCGCACUGGCUAUGAUAAGCAAGACGCUAACAGGGACAAGCUCCAUUUGAUUAGGCCACUUUUGGAGAUUGUCAACAAAUGA